AUGGCCGCCUCUCGUGUCUUCGCCCAGCGCCUGGCUUCCACCAUGGCCCAGACCUCCAAGGUCGCCCGUCCCGCUGCUCGCUUCCAGCUGAACGCUGCCACCAAGCGCACCUUCACCACCCAGAAGAAGGCCCCCGUUGCCACCUUCGCCGCUACCCCCAAGCGUGCCACCUCCACCCUCCUCCAGGCCAACGCUCGCCAGGCCUUCCAGACUGCUGCCCGCCGCCAGUACUCCUCCGAGGUCGCCUCCGCCAUGGUUGAGGUCUCCAAGAACCUGGGUAUGGGUUCCGCUGCCAUCGGUCUCGGUGGUGCCGGUAUCGGUAUCGGUCUCGUCUUCGCUGCUCUCCUCAUGAGUGUCUCCCGCAACCCCGCUCUGCGUGGUCAGCUCUUCUCCUACGCCAUUCUUGGUUUCGCCUUCGUCGAGGCCAUGGGUCUCUUCGAUCUCAUGGUUGCCAUGAUGUGCAAGUACGUCUAA